CGAGAUUCACGGUUGACUGGGCGUGCGAACGCGAGGCCGUCGCCGCGCCGGCCAGAAGCACGAGGGGCAGCCCCCAAUUUACCGAAGCCCAAGCGGUGCUCACGUCCACGCGGCAGCUCCUUCCCAGUAGCUCUUGCGAUAUGGCAGCCCUGGCCGUCCGACCGCACACAGCGGAAGCCCCCUUCGCGUCCGGCGGCCACUGGGCGGCGCCGGCCCUCGAUAAGACGGCGGCGCAGCUGCACCGCGACAAGCCUAAAUCGAGAACUGCCGCUCAUUCGAAUCUGUUGAGGAGGCGCCGGCAAUUAACGCGAGAACCGAAACAACCCGAUUCAGCCUUCAAGAAGGCGUAUGAUGAGGGCCUAUUACCAUUACGAGUGUGCUACGACCGCCUCCAGAACGGGCGGAGCGUGAAUGGAAGGAGUAUUGGUUGGACGGUUCCAGACGUUUUGACCCUCGAUUAUGACCACUACUGUCUCUUGUUCUGCGAAGGAUUGACCGAGACGCAGGAGCCUCUGGGCUUCCUCGCGGCCGAGGGGUUGAGUGAAUUGUUACAAGAAGGCGGGCCGGCGCAUCGAUGCGCGUCGUUGGCGCAGCGCUUGGCGCCGCCCCUCAAACAUGCUUUGAGGUCUCCGAAUCAAACGGUCGCCAAACGAGCUCUAGAUGCGGUCGUCCAGUACGUCACGUGCGACGCGCGAGAGAAAGGUGGACUGGGCGUCUGUGGAAGGGCUCUACCGUUGGAAAGCAUAGCGCCGGCCGUCGACGCGUGCAGGAGGCGUCACACGUCGCUCCGCUUCGACUGCGCGGACGUCCUCGGGACGCUCGAAAGAAACGGGGGGCCCGAGGCGCUGCGACGCAUCAAGCGCGGCGUGCUCGCGUACGAGUCCGUGCUCUAGGGU